CUGUGUUGUUUGGCCUUUGUCAGGUUCACUCCGGAUUUUCUUAUAUCUCUUUCUUAGCCGACCGCUCUCCAUUCCACUCAUUCAUAUUCUUGCUCGUUUUGGAGACUUAAUCCUGCACUUUGCGCCGAACUUUCACACUACGCAACAUACCCACACCAACCCUGCAAAUCUCUAAGCACCGAGUCAACAUGGUCAUGCUUCUGCUUUCCUCUCUUCUCCUCGCUCUCCCCACUCUGGGGAUGAUCGCCCCCACCACGCCAGAUAACAGUGGUGUCUACCCGGCGGGUGCUAACUGCCCGAUCGCGUGGAAGACGGACGACUCAGGCCUCUGGAACAGCUUCGAGAUUCAGCUCAUGACAGGCUCUAACAGCCCCAUGACCCCACUCGAGAUUGUUGCUACGGGUCUGGACGGAACCACCGCGACCGGCAUCACUUCCUUCUCCUACCCUUGUCCGCAGGUCGACGUCAACGCGGCAAUCUACUUCUACCAGUUCACCCAGCCAGGCCAGUCAAACAUCACCUGGACUACGAGGUUUACUAUCGCCAGCUCUUCCGGCGCCACCGUCCCCGCACCAAACCAGCCUGACAACAUCACCCCCGCUCCUUGGGGUGUCGGGAAACUUACCGGUGCUUCGGCAGCCAACGUCACCCCCGGCGGCAUCAACGGCGCUGCUGGCGAUGCUCCUACCACGAACACCGCGAACGGCGCGGGUGCUGCCGCGACCAGUGCUCCCACAGCUGGGACAGGAAACGGCUCAGGCGCGGGCGGUGCUCAGUUGACUACCGCCGCAGGGGACGGCACCGUUCCUGGUGCACAGCAGUCCAGCCAAACCAGCUCAGGCACUUUCGUCCCUUUCUCGCCCAGCCAGAGCGCCUCUCCCAGUGCUCUCGCGAAGAGCGGUGCUCUCAGGUCUACCAGGUUAGGCUGGUCGGACGUGCUCGCUGUGGCAAGCGCGGUUUGGUUGGGUGUCUGGGUGAUGUGAACCCUUUCGCCUCCUUUUGUCAUUUGAACAUGUUGGGCUUCGUGGAAGGGAUGGAGAGUUUAUUUUACCUAUGGACACUGCCCGAGUAAGCGGGUUAUUACGUACCGCACCAUUGGUGCAGCGUCGGGAUGUUAGGUAGUGCCUGCCCUUGCCUUUUGGUAGAGGGGGAUAGAUGGAGGACGAAACCGACAAUAACAUGUUCGUUGGGCCUCACAGACCUCUAGU